CCCAGUAAAAUAUUUAUAACUAAAAAUUUUGUUGGUGUCAUGCAUUUCAUCAGAGUAAAAGAAUGCUUGGCUGAUAAAAGUCAAAACUGAUCUUCAACUUCCCAAUCUCCAAUGAAUCCAAUGGUUUUGCUGCUCUCACCUCUCUUCUUCUUCUUCGUCUUAUUGUUUGGGCAGGUUGUAGGACAAUCUGCCUUCGGCCAUGAGAAUUCAGAAGAUGUUGCCACAAGCUUGAAACCAAGUCUUGCUGUUGUGAUAGGAAUUCUGGUCAUCAUGUUUGCUUUAACAUUUGUUCUCCUUAUCUACGCAAAGUGUCAUAGAGACAUGGGUGAUGCCUCUGUGAAUCAUCCAAGACAGAUUGGAUCAAGUUCUCGAUUCUCCGGGAUCGAUAGGACUGUCAUAGAGUCUCUUCCUUUCUUCAGAUUCUCCUCUCUGAAAGGCUCAAAACAAGGCCUUGAAUGUGCAGUCUGUCUCUCCAAAUUCGAAGAUAUCGAGGUCCUUCGAUUGCUUCCAAAGUGUAAACAUGCCUUUCAUAUCAACUGUGUUGAUCAGUGGCUUGAGAAACACUCAAGCUGCCCUCUUUGCAGGCACAAAGUCAAUGCUGAUGAUCCCACCAUUUUCACAUAUUCGAAUAGUAUGAGAUUCUCCAGAGGCCAUUCUGAGCUCCAAGAGGAUUCAAAUGUUGAGAUUUUUGUUCAAAGAGAGGAGGAUCUUCGCCCUUCUUCAAGCAGAUUCAGCUUUCGAAGAGUCGAAAAGGGUAGUAAUGUUGGUAUUGAUAAGGAAGAACUUUCAUUAAUCCGAGACAACGAAGAAGAAGAACAAGAUGAUAAAGCAGUACUGCAUAACUUCAAUCACCAGAUUAUAGUAUCUGAUGCUGUGUUGAAGAACAGAUGGAGCAACGUGAGCUCUUCGGACUUGAUCUUCUUGAAAUCGGAGAUGCUAAAUGACAUGUCAAGCAACAGAUUUGAUUCAUUGGAGAAAAAGAGAGUACUAUUUGAGAGCAAGGUCAAUAAUAGUACAGUUGAUAAAAGUAAUAACCAAGUCACAAUCCCAAUCUUGGCUUCUACAUCAGAUUCAAGCAUUUUUAGCCCAAAAGACAGAAGAUCAAUGUCUGAUAUCACAGCCCUUUCGCGAUUCGGGAAUUCGGGUAUGAAGAGGAAAAUCAAUGUUUCUGGAAACAAUAAUGGUAAGGAGCAAAGGCUGAGGAGGCUUUGGCUGCCCAUAGCAAGCAGAACAGUUCAGUUGUUUACCAACACAGAAACAAGAACUCAACAAUCUCAUCAUCUCAGCACAACACAACCACCAUUACACCUGUAAAUUGUUAGUCUCAAGUGAAAGUAAUAUGUAGUUCUUAAAGCCUGUUCAUGCUUGGACAUGAAACUUAUGAUCAAACUUCUUGUCAGUGAAAUCAUACCUUAAUCAUAUAAAGAUUUCAAUAUCCCAGGAAAUACAGAAAGGACAGUUGUUGAUUAUGUUCUUGUUCAUGUCAUGAUAAGUGGCAAUAAUUGUCAUGUUUUUAUCAAUUAAAAACUGAAAAAGAUCUCUUUUAAGUGCUCUACUUUGUUUUAUAUAUAAACAAUUAUUGGAUCCCUCCAUUAAAGAACAAUAAAAGAAAAGGCAAAAAGCCAAAAACUGUUUUUGACACCCUCAUCAAACCCUACUGUGAAUCUCUUCUCUCCAAUUUUUUUUUUCUAAGGCAAACCCAGUAGGCAGUAGUUGCAGAAGAAUUGUCAUUGCCCAUGCCAUGACAUAAAGCUGAGUCGUCCUUCUGAUGAAUGAAUAUGCAUUAUUAGAU